AAACUGGAGCAAACGGCCGACUGAAGCCCACUGCGCAGCUGCAGUUGCGCUUCUCUCUGCCUCUUCACAAUCUUUGUGGGCCUUCAUGUCGCUCCGCCUUUUAUGCAAAACGCCUUCGGUAUCCGGAAAUUAACAAUCUCGUGAUGUCAGGGCAGAGCUAGCAUAGCAUCGGAAUGACUUCAGUGGCUCUCUCGGUUUGGACCUAAAACUUUUCCAGCGGUUUCUGUCAGCUAACAGUUUAGCCUCGUUGUCGUCUGCCAACAUGGGGUCACCGGGGUCGAAGGGUGUCGGAGGAUGUAUUCUUCCGCACGGAGGUUAACACCGGGAUGAAGCCUCUCGUAACGGGAUGCUGCUGUUCGGUUAGUCUCUCCGGAGGUCAGAUUUAAAUGCCACACAAGCUAGCAGGCUAGUUGAUACGUCGUGGCGAGUUAAUUACAAACUAGUUUCAGCUGUUAGCGGCUGGAAACGGGGAGUUAUGGCGCGGUUGGUGUUGGAGCAACUUUCAGACUUCGGGGACUACAGUGGCGGUAAGCAGCUGACAGAGGUCUUUAAUAACAGCCUGUCAAAUGUUCGCCUGAGCCCAGAUGGACGUCAUGUUCAUGCCAUCCUCCACAAUCCUAAAGUCGGUCUUGUGACUUUUGACAAGUAUGAAAAACCCCAUCCGGCCCAGAACCAGAAGAAGCUGGAUUUGCGGUUGACCCAACCCGUGCCUGUUGUGGAUGUUUUGUACUUGGACCAUAAUAAUAAUGGUGGCGGAGACACAGCGACUGUGGCGGUGGUUUAUGAGAAUGGAAAAGCUGAGUUUUGGAAAUUCCAGGAGUGCAAAGCUGGCUGGCAUCUCCUGCAAACAUCAGAUUUAUGCAACAGCCCCCGAGCAAGAGUGGUGUCUGUGUGUGCCUGUCCCAACCUUAUCAUCUGGUGUGAGGAGAGGCCGCCUUCAGAGAGCACCCCUGCCCUCAGCUCCACCAGGAAUAAGCUGAGAUACUGUGUUUGCAGACGUGACUACGAGGUGGAGGAGGGGGCUGUCAGCUUGGGAGGGGUGAGAAUCGCCCUGCACAACAAUCCUAAAUUCACUGUGGUCAGCUCAGGUGAAUAUGUGCAUCUUCUGCCAGAUGUGAAAGCAAAGCCGCUGUUGAGUGUCUCCAAAUUUCUCCUCUGCUGGUCCCCUCGCCAUGACUCCUUCACAGUCAGCACCACGUGUAAAAACACUCCUCUGAAAAAGCUCUCAGCUAAAGAGUCUGACUUAAAGAGGCUGGUGACAGACUGUUUGGGAUAUUUAUCAACUCUUGAACCACCUGAGAUCUACGACUUCUGUCCUGCAGCCUGUGGAGGCCUGCUGCUGCUGCUCAGCACAGGGUGGGUGUGUCUCCUGCAGAAAGAUGGGGUGCUGCGGCAGGUAUUCAAACUGAUGGACAACUGCUUGGUAAAGUCUGGCACUCACACAAGCCUUUGCAUGUAUCAGGACACACUGGCGCUGCUGGUAGGUCAAAACCUGCAUCUGAUAGAUGUGAACUGUGGCAGAGAGCUGGAAAAUAUAACACUGAAGAGGGAGGGGGUGUUGUAUGUAAACCAGGCUGAAAGAUGUGCACCUCACCUGCUCUCAGAAACUGGACUUUAUGUGGUUGUGAACAAGGGGACAGACUCUAGAGACUGCAACUCUAAGCUGAAGCCUGGAGUGGAGAGUAUUCAUCCUGGAGCCCUCCUCAUAGAGGCUGUCUUUGAGGAGGCCUGUAAAUACUACCAGCAGAGGAGCCUGAGCAGCACCCAGCUCACUGUGGACGCACUAAAGAAGGGAGGAAGGUUCCAGGCUCCCAUCUCUUUAGCCUCCAUCCUCAGGAACUACCUCAGAACAGGGCUGAGGCAGAAAGUAGCAGAGCCGUCCCAGAACGGAGGAGGUGGCUGCGACGCAGGGCAAGACAAGCUAAUGGGCUCUCUGGAGGCUGAGCUCAAGGCUCUGGUCUCUCUGGAGGAGGUGAAGGGGAGUUUAGUGAGGGGGAAUGUUAAAGAGGUGGAGGCGGUGUGUGAGAGUCUAGUUGAGAAAGAAGUAGCCAGGCUGCUGUCUGCCUCAGAGCUGGAUAAAGAGGCCCUGCUUUACCUCAACUCCAUCUUCAGCAUGUUCCCCCGCCAGGUGUGGAGGGCAGCGCAGGCCACCCUUCAGCUACACUACAACGGGGAGGGCUCUCUGUCUAGCAGGGCUCCCCCAGACGUGUGGAAAACUGUCCUCAGUCCUGCUGUGACACCCAGCACCCCAUCCGGCCUCCCACUCACCAACGGUCAGCCAAAACACAAUCAUAGCCUCAAGGGUGAUUACAUCCACAACUGUAAAGCCAAACCUUCAAGCUCCUCUUCCCCAGCCGCCCUGCCUGUGUUUGAGCUCCUGUGCCACUCAGUAUUCCACUUUCAGCCCAGCUGGUUGCCCAAGUUCCUCGAGCUCGCCCAGCAGCAGCAGGGCUCAGCCGGCCUGGGCCUGAGCCUGGCCUCUUCCUCCUGGGGCUUCUCUGGUGGAAGAGGAGGGGAGGGCGGGGAGAACAACGUGCCACUCUACAAACGAGCCCUGUGCGUUUUGUCCACCCUGACGCCGGACAGAGACCAGUGCCAGGACUUGGAGGUGGAGCUGCUGCUGGUGAGUGGGCGGCCUAAUGCCAUCUUGCAGGCGCUGAGGAUCCUCAUGGCCAAGCAGCAGUGGGAGAGGGUCACCCAGGUGGCGCAGAAGUUCUGCAAACAGAGUCCGCUGCUCAACAAGGAGAUUUUCACUACUCUGCUGUGCGAGGUGGCUCAGCACAGAGACCUGGACCCCUAUUUGGACCUGCUGUGGGCGCUGUGCCCUGAGGACCUCACUGUCACCACUAUUCUCAACUUGGUGCUGAAAAACCUCCCCUCCCCUAACACCCCUCCAUCCUCCUCCUCUUCCUCCUCCUUCUCCUUUGGAAGUACAACCUCAUCCCCUGCUCCCUUCGCAGACGCCCACAGCAGCCAGCUGACCAUCGGGCUGCUGAAACCUCUGCUCAGAAAAGUGCUUCAGAGGGAGAUGAAGCCCAGCCAGCACUAUGCAGACAUCCUCCAGUCACCAUCAUUCCCCCCUCCUGCACCUCCUCGCCAGCCUGCAGAGCAGCCCAGGACUGUCACAGACCCAAGCACAGACUCACCUCUCGAGAACGUCGCCCCGGCUUCACUCCCAGAAACACCUGAACAGCAGUCGUCCACAUACACAAACGUUAGGGUGGCGCUACCUGCUAACUCACUUUGAUUCCCACAGACAUUCAAAAUGGAGAACAAAACCUGUCUCAUAAAACAUUCCACACAUAAUCUGACCAAACUGUGAAGCAGCGUGUGUCGACAAUCAAGUUAAAACAGAGUAAUAUCAUCAUGUUGCAGGUUUCAUGCAGUUAAUUGUGACAUUUGAUGGUGUUUUUAAAAAAAGAUUGGUAUGAAGUAUGACUACUAGAAACUAUGAAAUGACUACUGAAGAUCUUACCAAUGUAAAUACUGCAGGUAAUUUUAAGUCUUAAUGUGUAUAUACUGUGUCUGCAAUGUUAUUUAUCUCUUAAGCCUUAACUGCACGUGAAUGUUAUUGCGUAGUGUUGCAUUGAAUAAGCUUAGCCUUUAUCAGAAUCCCAUCAGGUAAUGAUAAUGUCAGAAACAAAGCCACUAACUCCCAUAUUUGGGGUUUUAUCGAAUCUGUGUGUAGAGUAUUCUCUGUCCUCGCCUAUAACGUAGCAGAUGUCCACUAAUUGUAGCCGAGUUUAGCUGCCUUUCAGUUGUUGAUGUCAAAGUGUGUUCCUGCAGUGGUUAAUCUACUGAGACAAGCCAGCCUUUGUGUUUGUUUUAAGUGUGGUACGGUUUAGAAGAGGAGGAGGAGGAGGAGGGUCCAAGGUCCCUUCACUGACUUCUAGUUUUGUACUUAACAUAUCACAAGUGCUUAAACAUUAACCUGGUUUAGAUGGGCUUAACUAGACUGCGUAAUCUCUGUAAACCAAACCCCAAACAGUCUGCCUGUCCGGCAUCUUUCAAUCCUUGUCAUCCAUUUGUCCCUCCAGACUCCAUCUUGUCCUCUCUGCUCCCCGGGCAGCCCGACUCGCAGGACAUUCCAGACAUAAUACCCAGUAAAGUGACUCACAGUUCGACUCUAAAUUCAAUUUCAGAGGUAAUUCUGUUAGGAUUCGAGUGCGGGUUGGGCACGCUGUGGCUAACAUAGGCGCCCUGCUGCUUUUGCAUAAGGUCAUGUACGUCUUCAUGGACCCAGUGAUGGUAAUGUUAUUAGAGAUGUUAGGUCCUCUGUCUUCUUUUCUCCAUGCUCUGAAACUGAUUGCACUUUUAUAUAACCCCAGUCAGUAUUGUCUGUAUCAUGCAUGUUGAAAUGAAUGUUUUCUGAUUAAGUGCUGUAAACAAAAGUAUAUUUAAGUUCCUAUUGAUGCCUUUGUUGAUGCUUGAGCAGUUUAUAUGACUUGUCUUAGUCAAAGAAGUGUUGCUUUGUAUGUAAAUGUGGAGCCUUCCAAAACAAAAUGCUAUCUAUGUUGUAGCAAUCUUUGGAAGACUUCUACAAUAGGUGAGGUACUGACAGAGAAACUCCUGUGACAUCUGUUAAAGUGCUGAAUGACAGCCAGGCUCUAAAAUGCUGCAGAACAAUCAGUGUGCCUCUCACAGUGCAGCUCUUCAUUUACAGGGCAGUGUGACAUUCCUGCUACAGUGUCUCUCUGCUGGAGAAAGGACUGCAGGUAGAUCAGAGGAUAACAGCUCCUGGCCUCCACAGUCAAAGGCUUUUUUCCAUGACACUUUGAAUAUGAAGCCUGCUGAUUUACCCUCUGCUCUGAUUGGUGUACUAAUGAUAUCAUUCCAAUCUCUUUGUACACUUGAACGAGCUUAAUCUGUGUGACUGAUUUCACUUCAGUGCCAUGAGUUUUGCUGUGUACCAGACAUGUUUCAGCAAAUCUGAGAGUCACUGGGAACUCCCUGACUUCCCCCAGACAGGCCACUCAGCCUGAUGUUACAACUGUGCAGAUGUCAAAUAUUAAUCUGCCCUAAACUUUGUUUUUGGUUUCUCUUUUCAAAUGGGAAUUUCUUCCAGAUGUGCUCGACAAACUUUAGCAUCUUUAAUUGUUAUUUGAAAAAAGAAAAUGUAUGCGAGUAUUUAUGAACUGAUGCUGUAUGCUAUUAAACUGAGGAGAAAACUUC